CGAACCCUCGCGGCGAUGGGAGCGUGUACAUGGCUGGAGCGCGCUGUCUCGUAAACCACGGCAUGCGCUCGAGAAGCCGCCUCGCGUAGCCUUGCACGAUGCGGCCCUCGCGUGCCCGCCGGGAUCGAACGCGCGCGGUCGUGCCGUUGGCGGUGGCAGUCUCCCUGCUCGGGUGGCGGCCCGCCGUUCGCCGCACGGGCUUCUGCUGCUGCAGGGGGCCGGUGCCGCCGAGCCGGGGCGGGGCGCAGAGGCGCUGCGCACCGGCCGCCGCGGCGGAGGUCCAAGAUCCAGACACCUGCGGCGCUUCGAGGUGGGAACGCGCGUGCGGUGCCGGAUGUCUGUCACGGCGUGGGCGGCGGGCACGGUGACGAAGUCCAAUUGCGGGCCGUCGCACGAGGUGGCCCCGUACCAGGUGAGGCUCGACGAGGGCAACCACCUGAUCUGGGCGGGGGCUCUGGAGGACAACGACCAGAUCAUCCAGGGUCUCAGCUUUUGGGAUUCGCCGCUUGGCGCUCUGCGCAGGCAGUUCGAGCUGGACCACGCCGUGCAGUGGCAGCAAGGUCAGAGCAGGCUGCCUGUAUCGUCAGCGGGCGGGGCCGCCGUGCCUGUGGUGCCGCACCAGCUGGAGCGCGACAUCGAGCAGUUUGAGCACCUGCUUUCCAGGGGCGUCCUGGGCUCGGAGGUCGGGGAGUACGUUGCGGACGUCGUCCUGCCCGACUACCGGCGGGCGCUCGAGGCCGCCCACUCGCCGGCGACCGGGGGCCGCGGCGACGUGCACGCCCUGCCCAGCCAGCCGCAGUUCGAGUCCGUCGUCGGCCUGCACCGGAAGCUCUGCACCUGCACCCGGGGGAGCCCGUGCGGGGCGGCGCGAUCCGGCCGCGGGACUUCGAGGCCAUCGAAGCGCGAGUUCAGGGAGAAGGAUCACCAUGCCGUCGGGUUGGUGGAUUUCUUUAGCCAGGAGGCUUUGGCUAAGAUUCGAGAGUUUCUCAUGGACUCGACGUUCUGGUUCGACGCCAAGAACGGGUACGUUGGAACUUACGCGGAAACUGGCUUCGCUUCGCCUCUUGUCGCUCAGAUCGACCAGGAGCUUAGGUCCAGCUUCCCGGGCGUGAUUGGCAACCUGGAGCUGCAGAAUUGUUGGGCUUUCAUGUUCGACGGCUCAAUGGGAGGGGUCAGGACUCACGCAGACAACGCUCAGGUUCAGAUCAACUUCUUCCUUACUCCGUCGGACGCGAACGAGUGGUCCGAGGACGGCACGCUUCCUGGAGGCGGCCUCAUCAUUUACGGGGUUGGCCCGCCAGAGGAUAUGAGUUUGUUGGAUUUGAAUUUGGAGGACGACAAAUCCAAGGAAGACAUCCUCGCUUCUGUUGGCCACUGGAACGUGACUGUGCCUUACGUUCAGAACCGCGCCAUCCUUUUUGACUCCACGUACUUCCACAGGACCGGACCGACGACAUGAGGUUCAAGAAGGGGUACAAAAACAGGCGCAUCAACAUGACGUUCCUCUACGGCAGGCGCGCAGAUCUGAGGCCCGCCGCGGCCGUGGGCACGGAGGCCAAGCCAGAGUCCACGGUGGAGCUCGUAGACUGAGCGAGGGGGCCGCGGCAACGAGCGCGCUGAUUGGGCACGUGCUCGAACUCCCCUCCCUCGAGGCCAGGCCUGCAGCCGCUGCCCGAGCCUGCGGUCAGGUCGGGCCUGACCUGGCUGCAGGCUCGGGCCGACGCUUGAAUCUUGUGUGCUAUGUUUGGCGCGUUUUGGGGGCGUGCCCAGCUUUUUCCUCCAGCAUCCCCCCCGUACAUGGGGGACAGGCCCGACCUGAGCCUAGGGCCUCUCGGAGCCCAAGUGCGGGGGCCACUACCCGAGUCGGGGGCCCCCCCUCCUGCCCGUCCUGUCGCAGUCCGCCUCGGAACGUGUGUGGCACUGGUUCGUCCGGGGCAGCGCUGUCGCCUCGACCACCAGCAGUCAUUUCGAGCACCAAGCAGGCACCGACACUGGUGCAUUUUCCCACGCGUCGGGCCCUGGGAGGCGAUACUCGCUUGACACUGUUUCGAUGCUUCUCUGGGUGCUCGAGAUUGUUUCUGGGAUGUGGUCCUUAAGUACGAUGGGAG